AAGUGACGGACCCGGUCGGUGGGGGAAGCCGUUCAGUGACGUUCCAGGUCGGGGGGAAAGCCGUUAGGUGACAGACCCGGUCCCGGGUGGGAGAAGGCAUUAAGUGAGGGCUGACGGGCCAUGGAGUCGCUGGUAGAUGAGCGGCGUCGUGACUGGCCGCAGGACACAGUCGGCUACAGGCUUUAUGAGAUUGGCGGCGAGGCUCUUCAGUCUGAUCCCGAUCCCCGGGCCCGGUUGGAGCAGCAGUUGGAGAAGAUCGUCGGCAGCCUGGCCCCGCUCUGUGCCGGUUACAUCUGGCACAAUGAGGCCUUCAGGCUGCAAUACACGCCGGCCCGGGGAGAUGUUCCGGCUCACGUUGGUGGUGUCACAAACUUUGGUGAUAAUGUGGAUGACGAAUGGUUGAUUGUCUACCUCAUUCAACAAAUCACCAAAGAGUUCCCAAACUUAGUGGCAAGUGUUGAUGAUAAUGAUGGGGACUUCUUGUUGAUUGAAGCUGCUGAGCACCUACCCAAAUGGUUGAACCCUGACACUAGUGAAAACCGGGUAUAUUUUUAUCGUGGAGAGUUGCAUAUCAUCCCAAUCCCUCAGAACCCAGGGGAACUCUCUUGGUUACCAGUUAGCAAUCCUACCAUCUCUCAAGCCCUCAGUCUGCUCAACACUCAUUCUGACAAAUGUCUGGCAGUAGAAUCCAUUCGCAAAGCUAUAAGGAGACGCAUUCAAAGUUACCCAGAAAAGAUUUAUGCUGAUCGACAUCGAGCUUACUGCUAUGUUCCAGCAGGUAUCGCUGCAGUGCUGAAACGUCGCCCUGAUCUUUUGGCACCUGCUGUCCAAGCUUUCUAUCUUCGCGAUCCUGUUGACCUACGUGCUUGCCGCCCGUUUAAGCUCUUUCUCCCUGAGACUCGUGUGAUGACUCUGGUGACAUUUACAAAAUGCUUGUACGCCCAGUUACAGCAGCAGCGGUUCACACCAGAUAGACGGACUGGUUACACACUACCAGCACAGACCGACCAGCAUUUCAAAGCACAUGCACUGGGCACAAAGCUGGCCCAUGGCUUUGAGAUCCUGUGUUCCAAAUAUUCACAGCACUCUCCUAGCUUCAAGACACAAAGCAAUAUUUCCAGUGACCCACUCUGGGAAGGCUUUAUAAGCAGUCUAAAGAAGAACGACUAUUUCAGGGGAGAACUGGAGGGUUCUGCACGCUACAAAGACUUACUCCAAAUGGCAGAGAUUUACUUCCAGCAUUCUGUUUCCAGGCCCACAAGUUCACCUGCCUUAAGCCCAGGGCAACAGAUCCUGCAGCUUUUGCAAUCUCUGUCCUACAGUGUGGAAGAACUACAGAAGGAAGGGGACAACCUCCCUCCAGAGGAUGAUGACGGCUGGUUGGAUAUUUCACCUGAGGAGCUGGAUCAGAUGCUGGAGGAGGCUUCUGGAAGGAAACUGUUGAAUUCUGCCAGACUGGAGGAGGGACUGGAUUAUGAUCUCAAUGACGUCACAAAGACUAUGAAGGCAUUUGUCUCAAAAGUGUCCUCUCAUGAAGGUGCAGAGAUACCACGAUCUUCGGCUACUGGCCAAGUUGAGUUUGACAUGAACUCCUUCACAGGUGCUUUGGAAAGGAUCCUAGGGGUAGAAUCAGAUGAGCUCGAUUCAGAUGAUCUUGAUGAGGAAGAAGAUUAUGAUUUAUUGCACUGUGACACAGAAUCUGACACACAAGAGGGUAAAUCAGAAGAGGAUAUGUCUGCCACAGAGACACUUGAGAACAUCCGAGACUACAUGAAGCAAAUGGAUCAGGAGCUGGCAAGAACCCAAAUUGGCAAAAGCUUUACUAAAAUCACUGACAAGGGUGGCUCAGAUGAACUUGAUGUAUCUGAAGAAGCAGAGGGUGAAUCGGGUGAAGAGGAUUUCAAGGUUCUGCCUGUCGAUGUGGACUUGAAUCUGGUGGAGAACCUAUUGGAGUCAUACAGCUCACAAGCUGGCUUAGCUGGACCUGCCUCUAACAUCUUGCAGAGUAUGGGAAUCCGACUACCAGAUAACCAGGACAAGUGAAACCUCUGGUACCACUGCAAUGAUGCCAUUUUAGACUCUGCUUUCUGAUUCUUUAUUGCUGCUACAGCACUACUGUUUCAUAAUGACUGGCAGGCAAUUGCCGUUAAGGCUGACUGUGGCUGUAGAUUGCAAUCAGCAUUCACCAGUGAACUAGAAACCUCAAAUUCUUUGAAAGGAAACUAUGGACUAAUGCUGCAAUCUAUGAGAAUUUCUCUCCAUAUUUCAAAGUUUUGUAGAAACUAUUUUUGUAUUUGUAAAUAAAUGCAAUAUCAGAACUUCUGAAAUGA